AUGACGGUUCGAAAGAGCACCGAGAAAGAAUGCUCUUGCAUUUGCAUCUUAGACCUCAGUAAUCUGGACCUAGUUGUGAUGAUUGGGUAUGGGUCGGAUACAACCUGGGUGAAAGUAGAAGUCGUUUGCACUUUUCUAUGUGAUGUGUUCGUCUCUCCCCGUGGGUUUUGCUCCUCUACUACUGUAUCUUUAUGUGUUCGUGUCAUUCGGUUGGGCUCUGGGUGA